GUGGAACUUUUGAGUCCGUCGUCUUGCUUUGACUUUGUUUCUUAUAGUGGGAGGAGCACAAAUCCAGCGACAUUUCCAAAAAAGGCAAGCCUUAACAAUCAAUAAAUACUAACUCGCUACCAGAGCAAAAUAAAUAUUUUUGUUUAAAAUAAUUGCGUUUUUGUGGUGAAGUGAGAAGGGCCACUGCUGUAACUGCCGCUGCCCAUCAUCGACGUAUAAUGUCAAAACGGAAUUUCUAUGAGAUAUUGAAGUGCACACCAACAGCAAGCUUCGAAGAGUUGCGCCGCAAUUACAAACAAUUAAUUCUACAAUGUCAUCCGGAUAAAUUACAACACGAUAACACCAAUACCCAAACAACAACGCAAGUUGAUAAUAGCACCAGCGUAACUAAUGAUUCUGCGUCCACUUCGGCUGCUACUGUUGACCUAAAUGCUGAAUUGACAAUGACCACAUCUUUAGAUCAACUCAAUGGAGAAUUUGUGACCAUAAAUGAAGCAUGGAAUACGCUCAAAGAUCCCACCAAACGACGCCACUACGAUGCCGAAAUAAUGUUGACAAAGUUCCAAGCCCACAGUAAUAUUUUUGCACGGUUAAAGCUUGCGGACAUGAAACGCUGUGCCGCCACAGUAACAACAAGCAGUGGCAAUGGCAGUGGCAGUGACAGUGAUAUUGGUGAAUACUACGAGGGCAAGACAGCUGAGGGUGGUACAUGCUGGUACUAUACGUAUGACUGUCGAUGUGGCGGUCAGUACAUUGUUGAUGAGUCAGCAGACAGUGAAAUACUUGAAAGCAACCAGAAGCGCACUGCCAACGACCACAGCCACAAUCAACCGCCACAAGAGUAUGAAACGCAACAAAAACAAAUGAACCUCGAUAAUGGCAUCGAUAAGCAAAACAGCCAACCCGCUGCUGACAGUGAUGCAGAGAAUGCGCCUUCACCGAAUUGCGGCAGCAACAGAAACAGUGAAAAGACUGGUGUUUAUGAAGACGUUACAGGCGCUGGUUUUGCUGAUGGGGACGGUGACGGUGACGAAGAGGGCGAAGUGCUUGUCGAAUGUAGUGAAUGUUCUUUGGUGAUCGUAUUGACUUAAACGAGAUGUGAGUUGUCAUGCAUUGUCUUUUGAAACAAUACGGCACAAAUAAAUAUAUACUUAAGCGAGUAAAUAAUUGUGUACAAUGAAAUAUAAAUAAAAUAACGAUAAUUAUGAAUAA